GUACACGAUAAGAAGUCCGUCGUGGUCUCUCUAUCACUCUGUCUCUCACAGUCGCGUUCCCACUGACCCCACGAAGGUCUGACUGCCAGAGCCAGGGUCAGGGACAGGGACAGAGCCAGGGCCACAGCUGCCGACUGAGCCCGAGCCCGAGACCGAGCCAGAGCCGGAGGCAGGACCAAAGCAGGAGACCGAGCCUAGGGCCGUAGGCCUGGCGAUCUACCGGCGCGUGGAGUGCGAACUCUUUCUCGUCGGGAGGGCGAACGAGGAUUCGACGACGACGAUGAGGGUGAUCGGCACGUUGCGCUGGGGCGCUGCUGCUGCAGCUUUGGCGUCAGACUAACGCUCGUCGGCCUUCGCACUCGCUCACUCGCCCGGCCUCCGAUUUGUUCGGUCGAGCAGCAGCAGCAGCGCGAGAUUUCGCCAAUUGCUCGGUGCUGGGCUUGUUGGUGGGCAGGAGGAGUACGAGGAGGAGGAGAAAAAGACGACGCGCUUCGACGUACGCAGGCGUGCGUGUGUGUGGUUGGAGUGGCGCACGAAGGACGAGGAGGAGGACGAGCGAUUAGGGCGAGGAGAGAGGAAGGUGGAUGGAUCGGGGAGACAGACUGCUCUGGAAUCGAUUGGAUCAGUGAUUUGGCGGAGGACUUGUGCUGGGACGCUGCGCUAGUGGUUGUGGUGAUCGCGCAGGCGAGGGCGAGCGGGGUUAGGACCAGGCCCGUGGGGGCCGGGGGCCGGGAGGAGGAGGAGGAGGAGAAUGAGAUGCGAGCGGGAAGGGAUUGUGCAAGUGCAAAGGAGGAGAGUUUAGAAUCGGUACGGGAAAUAGGGAAGGUCCGGGGUUAAGGUGACGGGGAGGGGAGGGGAGGGGAGGGGAGGGCUGAGGCGACGGUGGGAUUGUGGGAAUAGUUGGAGCUGGCCAAAGUGAGUCGCAAGAGGGAGGCAGUGGAUCGAGGGAGAGAAGAGCAGAUCUGGAUGGGUGAGCAUGAUGAUGAGGAGCUGCAGAGGGCGUUUCGCAUGAGCUUGCAGCCUGUACCGGAUGCGAAGCGCAGCAAGCCGCGAGACAAUGCUACGCUCUCGUCUCCUCCAGCCACUCCUCCCUCGUCUACGGAGACCGCCGAAGCGAGAGAUCGGCGGUUGCAGCGGGAAAUUCUUGCUGCGGCUGCCGAGCAGAGGAGGACGAGGUCUAUGGCUCGAGGGGGCUCCCCGGGCUUCAUCGAUCCCUCUAUAUCGUCCUCCUCCCAGGUCGAUGUCUCCAACGAGCACCGCAGCCCCGGUAAAAUUGCGGCUCCGGUGCAAGAUAGAUUGCAGGGUCAAGCUGGUGUGAGAGAACUCGGGGAAAAAAGCGUGCGAGGAAAGAGAAGGGUUGAGGAUGAACGACAACAGCUGCCAUAUCGAGUUGCGGAGCAGUUGCACACAAUGGUUUUUGGAACAAAUAUGUCGAAGGAUGUCCUUGCUCAGUGGUGUAAUCAAGGCUUUCGAUUUAGUCCUGAUCAGGAAACGUCUCUUGGAUUGGUCCAGCGGGAAGGAGGCCCCUGUGGAGUUCUUGCACCUAUACAGGCACUAGUGUUGAAGUACCUCCUAUUUGUGCCGGAAGACGAGGCUGAUGCUCAAUUAUUUGGAAUCAGGGACAUGGUUGCGUCGCACUCUGGAAAGUCACAUAGUGCCGGCGGUGAUUCGCUUGAUCCGAGACUUACAUUUAGCGACCCUCGAAGGACAAGAGCAUUAGUUCGAGCUAUGGGAGAGACAUUGUGGAAAGCUGGUGGAAAGCAAAAAGCGAUGUUGGUCGUUCUUGACAUUCCUGGUUUCGCUGCGGAAGACAUUUCCAAGGAAGAAGAGCAAGAUGAGAUUGCCGCGAAAGCAUUGGAUGGUGUGGCCCUGGAGUCCGUUAAAGAGUUCCACAGGCUAGUAAAAGUUUGUGCAGUAACAUCGAUUUCGGCUCUCCACCUCCAGCUUCACUCUCUGCUUCCAGCUUUUAGAAGUCGCAUGGGAGCACUCUUACUUCUUUUUUCUGUCCUAUUAUCUCGCGGUCUGGAUGCAAUUCAAUCUGACCGUGAUGAUCCAGAACAACCCCUCGUCACUCCGCCAUUUGGACAUGCAUCGCAGGAAAUCGUGAAUUUACUGCUCUGCGGGCAAGCUGUACCGAAUGUUUUUGAUGGGAGCAUGGACUUAGGGGGCGGGAUGUGUUUGAAAGGAAUACCCAAUAAUGUGGAAGUCGGUUUCCUUACCCUUCUCGAGUCUCUCAAUCUAUGCAAGGUUGGACAGCAUCUAAAGCGACCCAGGUGGCCAAUCUGGGUAGUUGGCAGUGAGUCACAUUACACAGUUUUGUUCGCAUUUACCACUAAGGUCCAAGAUGAAAGUGACAUCGAGGACAGAGAGGCCAGCAUACGUCAGGCAUUUGAUGCCCAAGAUCAGAGCGGAGGGGGUGGAUUCAUUAGUCUGGAGGCCCUUCAUCAGGUCUUGAGCGACCUCCAAAUUGAUAUGCCUCAAGAUCUUUUCAACAACCUAUGCAGCAGUGAUAUUGUUGUUUGGAAUGAUUUGUGGCAAGCCCUCUGCCAAGUGGAAAAGAGUAAAGGUGGUCUUCAAGACACGGCCGCCUCUUUGGGGAAGAAACAUUUUGAGCUUUAUCACUUUAACGGAAUUGCUAAAACUGUUGCUACUGUGGGAAACGUGAUACAUCAGCGACCAAAACUGACAAAGUUACGAGUAACCGUACCGCCAAAGUGGACUCCUGAUACAGUUUUGGUGGAGGAGUACAAAGUAGCCUCACAAGACAGCACAGUUAUGGCGGAAGGUGGAGCAGUGAAGGAAGAGCCUGCACAGCAUGCCCCACUUGUAGAUUGCAUUCGUACUCGGUGGCAACGUGCUUCUUGUAAUUGGUCGAACGACGCACCAAGUAUCGUGUGAGACAGUUCUUGUAAGAGACCUAUCUAGUCACCAAGUAUGCCCAAUUUUAUUUUCGUGUGUUCGAAGCCACAUUGGUUUUCUACUUCCAGAUCUCUUGCCAUCUGUGUCCAAAAAAUUCUUCUCUAUUCUUUCAGGGAAAGAGAUGGUGACUGGGCACUAAUGACUGAUUUCUCUUGGUCAUCAGUGCCAACUUGAACCUGGAGUUUGUGCUCUUUACGUCGAUGCAUGUGAUCUUUUCCGGAUGAAUACGAAAGCGGUUAAUUCCAGUCGCGAAUUCCAGCCUGUGAGUAUAUUGAAGAGAGUGUCAGGUUCUCUGACCAACCCGAGUUUUGUAAGAACCCUAUAUUUGGCCAAUAUUGACCAGACAUUGUUCUUUCAAGGUGCUGCACUUGACGGCAGUAAUAUCGCUCGAGGGCUCAACGGAUUGUAUACCAAGGUGACAUCUCACUACGGAAUAAAGGAGAGUUGAUAUGCUGAACAUCCGAUCCAGGCUAAGUGAAACGGUGCCCUUGAUGAAGUGUACUCUAGAUACGGAAGAGUUCGGAUGGUUGCGCCAUUGAAACUUUGUGUGAAACAGCCUAAAGCAGACGAGCUGCUGCUGUUUCUGAAAUUUUUACUCCUCCCAUCCAGGUCCUUAGCUAUUUUACCCUCCGCGACACAUGUACCUUGCAGAAAACUGAGGUACAUGCGAUAGUCCUGAUCUGAAAGUUGGUACAUACGUAACUCUGUGGAGCGGUAUGACGAAAACCGAUGGCUCGGGGUACAAAAGUUGGUAGCUUUUUCUGGUUCCAGAGAUAGUGCUCUUACUUCAUUGUCGGUAUUAAUCUUCUUAUUUGGAGUGUCAUUAACAACACCAGGAGAUUUGUUUAUACCGGACAUCCCGACCAUGCCCCUCGUGUCAUAUCGGUUGCAUCUCAUGUUGGAUGCAAACCGCACCUGUCUCUCCCUAUUGCUACCGAGCCCAACUUGAUCAGCUCAGCAAUGUUCACAGGUGAGGAAGGUAGAGGGACGGCUUUAGGGUGGCAGCUUUGUGUACCGAGAUCUGUUUGGACACUGACGUAUUGGCUCGAGAUGAACUUGCACGUAAGGAUCAUGUCUGAUUUUUGUUGUCAUCCAUGACUAUUUUGGUGAAAGUCACGUGGAGAAUGUGUUUCACAAAGUGCCCUGGUCUGAGCAGCGAGAUUGUCGUUUCCAAGCCAAAGCAAAGCAAGCACCAGCGAAUGGGGUUUGUCGGAAAAGCAGAACGCUGGCCUUUUUGCACGUGUUUGCCUGACGUGCUAUGAAAGGGCACCGAAUCUGGAUGGUGACUAGAUAGACGGACGAGCAACAUGUCGUGUGCAUACGGAAUGAUAUCGAAGCUUCAGUGUAAAUAAUCGCCGGAGGAUGAAAAUCCAUGUUAACUUCUCCUGUAGACAAUGAAAUAAGAAAUUUCC